AUUCCUCGGCAGACUGGUGCUUCAACACUAUUUUUAGAUAGUGAUUCAAUAAUAACAAUUCACAACCAUGUUACUUUGCGUCAACUUAGUGUGAAAGUACUAGACCAGUCUUGUGUACAUUACAAAGUUCGUGAGUGAGCUAAGCCGAAGCCGAAGGGGAACAAGUGGCCGACUAACGUUACACUACUUUCAAGGAAAAAAAAUCUGUCGAUUUGUUUUGUAUGUAAUUCAACACACUAUUCAGAAGAAUAUUUCUUAGCUCUUCUAUUGUGUUUUGAAAGGAACGAUAUCAUGAUUUUCUUGUUUCUCCCUGCCUUCCACCACGAUUGACGCUCGCUUCGCAACCGGGGCCUUGCGGUCCGAGUAGCCAAGACACGCAUGCACGGAGAAGUGCGUGGAAUACCAGUUGCAUGAAUCAUAACACCACCAACAACGAGAGUUAGAUGAUUGGAUGGGCGUGCUCUGGCGAAGGAGCUGGUCCGCUGACAUAGAUGCAGCAGAAUCGCGGAUGUGCUAUUUGUAGCUGAGUGCUACAACGGAGGUUCAUCAUCAUGUCGCUAAUGCGACGAUCACAGAAAACUUUUACUGUUAGAGUCCAGACUCUGGAUGCCGAAUUAGAAUUCAGCAUUGAUGUGAAAACCACUGGACGCCAAUUAUUUGACUUGGUGUGUCGUACUAUAGGAUUAAGAGAGACUUGGUAUUUUGGACUGCAAUAUGAGGAUUCUAAACGCUAUAUCGCGUGGCUCAAAAUGGACAAGAAGGUCCAGGAACAGAGUAUACCUAAAGAGGAGCCUGUUUCAUUCCUGUUCCUGGCCAAGUUCUAUCCCGAGGAGGCCUUUGAGGAGCUCAUCCAGGAAAUCACUCAACAUCUAUUCUUCCUCCAAGUCAAGCAGCUGAUACUCAAUGAGGAGAUAUACUGCCCUCCGGAGGCCUCGGUGCUACUAGCCUCCUAUGCGGUCCAGGCAAAGUACGGUGACUACGAAGCUCAUGUUCAUCAGCGUGGUUUCCUUGCCAAUGAGGAGCUGCUUCCUGGAAGGGUCAUAAGUCAAUUUGACAUGUCACCUGGCCAAUGGGAGGAAAGAAUCACAGCAUGGUAUGCUGAACAUGAAGGUCUCCUCAGAGAUGAGGCAGAAAUGGAAUACCUGAAAAUAGCCCAAGAUCUUGAAAUGUAUGGUGUCAGCUACUUUGAAAUUAAGAAUGAGAAAGGAACAAGCCUGAAUUUGGGAGUGGAUGCUACUGGUCUCAAUAUCUAUGAGCUUGACAACAAACUUGUACCAAAGAUAUCCUUCCCGUGGAGUGAAAUUAGAGAUAUAUCAUUUAGAGAUAAAAAGUUUACGAUAAAACCUACUGCAAAGAAAUCACCAAAUUUUUGUUUCAUCUCACCAAAGCUACGAAUGAACAAACUCAUUCUUGAUCUUUGCGUUGGUAACCAUGAGCUGUUCAUGCAGAGAAGAAGAGCAGACUCAAUGGAAGUACAGCAGAUGAAAGCUCAGGCUAGGGAAGAGAAAGCCAAGAGACAUAUUGAGAGAGAGAAGUUAAUUCAAGAGAGACAUCUCCGGCAGAAGGCAGAACAGGAGAAGGAAGAGUUAGAGAAACAGCUUCGUCAUUUCCAAGAGGAGUCCCAGUUAGCUCAUGAUGCGUUGGUGAGAUCAGAAGAGACGGCCGAGCUCCUGAAUGAAAAGGCUCAAGUAGCAGAAGAAGAAGCCAUGUUAUUAGCUCAGAAAGCUGAUCAGGCUGAGAGAGAAAUCCAAGCUAUUAGAGUAGAAGCCAUCAAGACAGCAGAAGAGAAACGUUUGAUGGAGAUGAAGGCUCAUGAGGCUGAAUUCAUGGCUUUUCGGCUCGCAGAAGAGUCACAGCAGAGGAGUUUAGAAGCAGAAGAGUUAAAGCAACAGUUGUUCAAUGCAAGGCUGGCUGAAAAGGAGGCAAAGGAGAAGCUCAUACACAUCUCAACAAGAUCUCUUGUACCGCAUUUAGAACGUAGCCAGAGCUCCCUGAGUAAUGAACUAGCAGCACUCCAGCUUGAUCCUGAGCUCAGCUCUGGGGAAAUGGACAUGAUGGAGGAUGUAGACGUAGAGAAACUCUCCAAGGACAUUGAGGAGAACCGGGUGGACUACCUGGAAAGAUCCAAACACCUCAAGAUGCAGCUUAAUGAACUCAAAUCAGAGAUUGAAGUCUUGAAGGUGGAGGAGAAACAAACUCAGCUGGAUCGGAUCUAUAAUGAGGUGAACAGUCGGGGCGAGAACAAGAAGACUACUCUGAGUAAGAUUAGCAAGGGUUCAACCAAGGCAAGGGUAGCCUUCUUUGAAGAGCUGUAAUGUAGUGGAUGAUCUGUGAAUCAACAUGAUGUGCAUUAUUGUCGUCAAGAAAUCAGAAAGAGCUUCAGCGGUGGUUCCCCAAUUCUCAGUGGCACUCUGAAAUGUUGUGAUUGAGUUGGUAAACAGAGGGUAGAGUUACUGUGGAUUAGCAUGUUUGUGUCAUCUACGGGGAUUCAGCAGUGGCUCUUAGGAUUAGUUGCCACCUUUCAAGCAUGUCUGCAAGGAAUUUCAGCAAAGGUUUCCCAAUGCUUAGUCAUCUUCUUUGAAGUAUGAUCAGAGGAUAACCCAAAAUAUUUGCAUCAUUGUAUUUGGAAAAUCAGCAAGGGCUCCUGCGAUGAUUCCUCAAGGCUCAAUUGCCUUUUUAGGCUUAAAAGACUUCAGAAAGUUAUCAACGUUUGCUACAAGGUGUGCAUCACCAUCUUUGAUGAGAAAUUAUGGAGCAGCUACAACGGUAAAAGAACGUGCUCUUUUUUUUUUUUACCUAAAUCAACCAUUAUGUCAAUAAAUAUAAGUCCUUUAUCAAGGAUCAAUGGAUAGAUAAAGGACAUGAUAGUGAAUCCAGAAUGUCUGCUACUUCACUCUCCUUAAGGGAGCUUUCUUGAAAGGUUUGUCCCCAAUAUCACCAACAGAUGUUUACUGUAGAUCCUUGUAUCUGAUUGGCUGAGAGAAACUUAGUGAAAAUCCCUGACAAAACCUUUCAUGAAACGCUCCCUAGGAGGUCAGUAAGAGUUUAACCAUCAUAUUUGGGUCCUGUUAAACAAAUCAAGAUACAAUAUAAAAUCAAUUAUACAAUUAAGGGUAACUGUAUUCCUAGCACACACCAUAUACAAAAAGGAUACAAUCAGUUGUGAAUUUGACUAUAACUUUUUCUGUUACACCCCCAUCCUGUUCAUAUUUCUGAAGAAAAAAAUCACAGUAACACACAUAUGGGCUGGAAGAAGUUCACCAAUGUGUGGUUGAUCAUUGUUACGUCUCUCAUUGCUGUGUCCUCAUUGCAAUAUUUUUAUGGUUGGGAUCCUGUUUCAGCAUUGGUCACAAGUUGUGUACCUCGUGUACCUCCUUGUAUGUGUGUAGUUUGUUACUUGGGAUGCAUUUUAUAUGAAACCCUUGAAAUGCAUACACAUGGUUGCACAUUUUUAUCAAGUAUGCUUAACAUGAUGCAUAGGUAAAGUGUUCUGAUAAACAUAACCACGCACACAGCCAUCACACUUCAUUUAGCUUGAGCUAAAGCCGGGGUAAUGAUAAUAAUAACAACGCGCCGCUGAAUAGAAUAUUCCUAGAUAGAUGGCUCUAUAUAAAUGCCUAUUAUUAUUAUUAUUCAUUCAUAUGCUUCUUACAUUGAACAAUUUGAGAAGGUCAUUUGAACUCCAUGCUUCAAAACUAAGGAAUGGCAUAUGUAGCAAGUUGAAAACAUUGAUUGUGCCUUGAAAAUGGGAUGCUGUACAUUCUCAAGAUUUCUCAGAGGGUUAUGCUGUCUUAGUAAAGACCUAGGAGAAGAUGCAGACAGGUGUACGGCUGUGAUUACAAAAACCCAAGUCUUACAGAUUACAGAAAUUUGCUUUAAGUCAGAUACCGCUGAGAAGUAUGCACAUAUAUGCACAAAAACACAGAUACACUUGUGACGAAGGCUUUAAUUCCCCUCGUGAAGAAUGAGGCUUAACUUGUAUCAAUCAUGUUUUCCUAGGAUGUUCAUUUCAUAAAGAAGAGAAAAUGUGAAAGACAGAACGAAAGAGAAUGAGAGAGAAAGAGAAAGAGAGAGAGAUGGUGAGAGGAUGAGGGGAAGGAUAUUUAACAGAGGAAGACCUGCAUUUGUGCUAUUAGGAAAAUGAAGAACACAAAGGAUUCUUAUUUUCAUAAAUUCAGUCAAAUAAUUGCUAAAUGAAUUGAUCUAAACUUCACAUUUGUUGAUUUUCAGGUGCUUUUUGUACAGUUAGAUACUUCAAAUCAUGCAUCUAAAUGUACAGUACACUAGCAAAUGUAUUUUAAAUUAAUAUAAUCAUGAUUAUCUAUCAACAUUUGCUUUUUAUCAAUUUUUACAAAUUACUGCUCAACUAUUAUCUUAAAGCAAGUUAUUCUUUCAAAAACUAAUGAGCAAAUUCCAAAAUUUGUAAUUUGGGCUCCAAAAGCUGGUUGAAAUUGGCUUGGGAGAACUGUUAUUUGUGUGGGGUUUUUUUUAGAAGCCAUUUUAUGUAAGGAAAAAAAAAACUCAAACUUAUUGAGCACAAUACACAUUUUCUUCCUUUGUAUUUCAACUUUAUAAUUCAUCAAAAAGGUCAUUGCAUGUGAUUGUGUUUUCAAGCACCUUAAAUAUAAAUUGUAUUCACCCAAGUAAAGAGUUUACAACUCAUGAACAGUACUUAGAGAUUCAAAUGAUAUUACCAAUAUUUGCCUGAAUAUCACAUGUGAAAGAAUGAGUUGUAUUAGAUAAAUUACAUACUGACAAAGGUAUUUUUGAUUUGUAUUCAGACCACCAACAACAAAAUCAAUUAAUUAAGAUGUAUGUAAAGAGAGUAAUACACAAAAGAAAAGUGUAAUGUCAUCCAAAAAUACUUGUACAUGUUUCUUAGAAAAAUAAGGCAUUAUUAUUUUUAGAUUUUUGUAGAAACUCAAAGUGGUACCACUAUUCACUUUUGUACUUGGUCAAAGUACCGUAAAAUAAUUUGUUAAGCAUUCUCUUUUAAUUUAAAGCAGUCCUGACCAAGGGUUGAUAGACAAAAAAUUUGUCUUAGAUCAUGUAAAAAGACCAUGUCUAAGUAUAUCUCUUGUAAGUUGAAGUCAUGACGGAGAUCUUGCCGAGAAGUGUUGUAGCAUCUUAUUAUCAAUGCCCAUUAACUAUGACCUUGUGUUUCCAAUUAUAUGCACACUACUGUUGUCACUACAGUGGCUGGUGAAAACCCAGCACGGCACCUGACCAGUGGACACAGCCUCACAAAAGGUCAACUGCCAAUCACCGCUAUUGUCUGCAGAUUGAAAGUUAAAUAAUUAAAUAGAAUUAUAGCAGUUAAAAUAAUUAUUAACUAAAAAAAUUUGACAGCUUAACUAUGCAAAUUAAUUUAUGGCUUAUUUUGCACCAACAAUCCACAGCAGAAAGUCUUUACAAACUAGGGUUAAAAUUUGAAAUCUCUGCAGUCAUUAAAGUUAAAUUAUUUUAUGUGUAAAAACCCAGGGGUUUGGGGGGGCAGAGCCCUGUGAAGCUUCUGCCAGGUCAUUGCCCCUUGACCUCCAUUCAAUCAAUCUUAGCCGACACUCAAAUAUGAUAACCAUGAUGCACACUGAUGUGAUUGUUUGAUUUGUUUGAUUAAUUACCUGCCCAUGUAAAGUCCUAUUAGAAAUCUUCUCAAAUUAAAGAGUGAAAUAAAGUUCUGAAUGCAAUUCAAAAGUUGGCUUGAAUUGCUAUUUCUCCCCAAUAAAAA